AUGCUACCCAUGGCCACCCUGGCAGCCGUUUUGGCCUUGCCGGCUCUCGCGGCCGCCGCCGUCCUCCACCCUCGUGUCGACUCUGCGCCGAGUCCCUGGGUCACCGUCGAUGCCUCGGGCAGUGCGGUCACCAUCACGCCUACCGUCUCCAAGGGCUCGACCAUCUCGGCGCCGCCCAGUCAGCUGACCCACUCUGCCACCUACGUCUUGGUCGUCUCAAGCUCCACCACCACCAAGACCGCAGCUCCGGCCGUGGCCACCGCGGCCACCUCCAGCGGCGCCGGCGCCUUUCUCACGUGCAGCAACUACCAGGGAUACUUCAAGCCCUUCUGUCAGCCGGGAGACGGCAGCGAGCUGGCCCCAGGCAGUUCGUACUAUGUCACCUGGGACACGACCUUCUUCUAUACCGGCGCCACUGUCGAGAUCGGUGUUCAGUACAACACUACUGGCAGCGUCUCUGACUUCGCCUCAAAGACUAUCGACGCCAGCCAGGGCUUCUACGUCUGGACCAUCGAGUCCUCCUUCCUGACCACCCUCGGCGCCUCUUCCGUUGAUGCCACAAUCUACGCUUCCUACACGGACACGUCCAACAAUGCAGAGCGAGCCACCGGGCCAGCCGUGGUCAUAACCUCGGCCAAGCAUUCAUUGUCAUCCGGCCACCAUGUGUCUGCGCUGGCGGUGGCUCUGCCCGUCGUGCUGGGCCUUGCCGCCAUCGUGCUUCUGUGCUUCUGCGCAUGGUCCUGGAGGCGCUAUGGCCGGGUGCUCCCUUGCUGCGGCGGUGGCGGCCGCCGGGAUGCUGCCGGCAACCAGAAUACACGGACAACAUCCUUCCUGCAGCAGCAGCCUCGGAUGGGCGUGUCGACAGUAGUAUCACAUGAUGCUGUCGGGGGCUCUGGGAAGGCAGAGCCCGCAGCAGCCACAGACAUCCAGCUGACAGACCGUGACAGCUGGUCACCGACGCAUGGCACCACAAAUGUCUUCCGAGCGGAGUUGAGACGGCAAGAGGCGGAGAGCAAGCAGGGAUAA